AUGGAAGAUUUUCCUGGCCAAAAUCCAUCAAACUCCGAUGAUAAUCAUCCCGUUGUUCCACCAGAAACGCCUGAAUAUUCCCAAGCCAAAUCACUUCUCCCUUAUUUGAGUGUGAUUGAGUUGCAGAAAUUGAGAGAUGAAGCACAAUCAGAGAUUAACCAUCGUGUUCAAGAGCAAUUACGUCAAAGAGAAAAAGAAGCUGCUCGUAUCCGAAAAGAGCGAAGAAUCGAGGCUCUCUACACUGCAUGGCUACCCAAAUUCUUAGAAUGGCAAAGUAGAAAAGGUGAGGAAAAGGCAGAGAGGCAUGCCAAAGCCCCAAGAUAUGGAAGUGCGACAGAGAGUGAUUCCGAGGCUUCUGAUGGAUUUGAAUAUGAUGUGGAGGAAGUGAACACCAGUAACCUUGAUUCUAAUGCUGCGGAGGAUAAACGCAAGAUGGAUGCUUAUCAUGAUGGGAAAUUGAAUAUACGAUUCGAGUAUGAACUUUCCAAUCCCAAAAUCUUUGCACGCACCAUGAGUGAAGGUGAGCCAAGCAAGGUAAGGGUAAGCAGACGAAUUUCCAUGGUAGAUGAUGAGGAAACUGAGAGUGACGAGGAUGGAGAAGAUGAGGACAGUGAUGAAGCAUCGUCAUCCAGUGGAACAUCACUAGCUGCUUCAUCUGACAGUGAUGAUGGUGAAUGUUAUGAAGAUGAAGGAUGGGAUAUUGACGAAGAUGAUUGGUGGUAA